AUCAUCGCACAGUCCCCACUGGCAAGGAUGUGGACGGGCUUGCUCUUCCUCGCGGCUGCAAUCGCCUGGCCGGCCCCAGCACAAGUGACUGGAAUGUCAUCUGUCGUGUACCAGCCCAUCGGGGUACAGGAUGUUUCAAUCAUCCCAGAUGGUCUGAUGACAGCUUCAUCCCAAGUGAGCGGAUCCGAGGCGUACAGGGGCCGCUUGAACGGUGAUGGUGCAUGGCAGCCGUCAGGACAAGGCACAAAUGAGUUCCUGGCGGUGGAUCUACAGUACAAUCGUUACAUCUUCGGCAUCCAGACCCAGGGACAGGGAGAUGGUUACGUGGAGACCUACAGGAUUAUUUACCAGUUGGACAACACAACGGAAUUACUUCUGUACUCGGAAGGUGGUGGGAGCACCAAGAUCUUCAGCGGCAAGAGUGACAACGAAACUAUCGUCCAACAAAACUUCACCUCGUACAUCUACGCCCGGUAUAUCCUCGUCAACCCGCAAACGUGGUCCGGCGCUCCACGACUGAGGAUAGAGUUACUUGGAGUUGAUGCGCUUCCUACAACAAGCUCCCCGGUCACAACUCCACCCAUGACAACCACGUCCACGCAAACGACACCAAUCGUGACAACCACCUCCACACAAACGACCCCAAUCGAGACAACAAGCUCUCCUGUUACGACCCCGUUCAUCCAGACGACCUCCCCGGUAACAGCUCCAGUUGGUCCGACUACCUUUUCCUCAGUAACGACUACAGACGUUCCGAUGACAUCUCCGAAUCCAGUUGAUAACUGCGCGUCCUCUCCUUGCGUACACGGAACCUGCACCAACUUCGUGGCGAGCUAUUCCUGUAGCUGUAAGAACGGAUGGACAGGGACCGACUGUGAUCAACACAUUGACGAGUGCGCGAGCAACCCUUGCUGGCUGGGAGGAACCUGCCUGGAUCACGUGAACGGCUACAGCUGUGUCUGUCCUAAAGAUGCCACCGGCAAGAACUGUGAAACAGCAACCUUCACCGGAGAAUGCUACCGGUUCUCCUCCGUCGCCUUGACCCACCAAGAAGCAACACAAGCCUGCAGCGCCAACAGCGGCCGCAUGGUGGACGUGAAAGACGAGCAGCAGCAGCGUUUCCUCGCGGACAAGAUCGCGGCCUCAAAUGCAGCUUCCAACUGGCUGGCAAUGAAAGCUGCACCGGCUACUUUCCUGUACAGUGACGGGUCCGCCAUCGCAGGCCCUCUACAGUGGUCAGCAACUACCCCUGCCACUCCCUGUGACCUGUGUGUUCUCAUGGACAGCUCCGACAACUUCCUGGCUAACGUGGCCCCGUGCGCUGAACAACAUAACUACAUCUGUCAGGCUGCCUUGAAACCAUGCGACCAAAACGUGUGUCAGAACAGCGGGGUGUGCACCUCUUGCUUCAACGAGUCUUCCAAAUUCUGCGAGUGUCCAGCUGGUUUUGAUGGGAAUCUGUGUGAAAUCAACAUCGACGAGUGUGCCUCCAGUCCGUGCCAAAAUGGCGGAAGUUGUCAUGACGGCAUCAACUCCUACAGCUGCAGCUGUCGUACAGGAUUCCACGGAGACCACUGUGAAUCAGGUUCGUGUGGUGGUUAC